AUGUCGCUGUUUGGCGCCCCCAAGCCCGCGGCAUCGGCCCCAUCGUUUGGUGGCUCCCUCUUCAGCGGGUCGACGGCCGUUGGAAGCCCUUCGACGCCAGCUGCCCUCGGCGGUUCGACUACCCCUGCAGCCGGUACAGCUCGCCCGUCUGCCUUUGGCGGCAGCGUCUGGGGCAACAAGCCGCUGGGUGCCUCGACAACCCAGGCCACAGGUGGCUUUGGUGCGUCGACAGCCACCGCCGCCGCCAGCAGCAACAACAAUAUCAACAGCGGCAGCCUUGCUGGCAGCAUCAAUAAUGCCGCUCGCCCGACAACUGGUGCCUACUUCGACAGCCUGCUCGCCAAGAGCAAGAAGCGCACCGAUGGCGAGGCCGACUCCAUUGCCGAUGGUUCAAGCUCCGACCUGCCCAGCCUGCACCUUGGCCUCGGCGACCUGCGUCAGAAGCUGCGCAAGCUUGGUCCCCGCGGUGCUCCUGGUGCCCCUGGUGCUGUUGGUGGCGCUGCGCCGCUUCAGGACGGCAAGGCACACUACGUUUUGGCCGCGUCAGGUGUCGAUCCGGGUGCGGCCGUCCGGGACCUGGGAAACUUUGGCAUCUUCUCGGCCUCGCGGUCGACUGCCGCGGCCGGUGGCGCAGCUUCCAUUGCGCCUGGCACUGGUGGCCAGUCCGGCGUCGGUGCUGGCUUCGCCAGGGGAGCCUCGGAGGUUGACGUCGACACCUAUCUGACCAACCUGCAGACGAAGACGACCCUCAGCAUGAUUGCCGACGGCCUCGAGCGGUCGGUGCGCGACUUUGACAGCUUCCUCGAAGACAACGUUACGUCCGAGUGGGAGGCCCAGCGCAAGCGCAUCUACGAGCACUUUGGCAUCAAGACGCGGGACGACGUUGUCCCCGGCACGUCGGGGACUCCGCGCUACGGCACGCCCGAUAUUGUUGGCGGCCCAGGCGCCAGCACAGGUGGCUUUGGCCGCCGGCGGAGCCGUCAGCAGCAGCCCACACAGCCAUCCAAGGCGGGGACGACGGGCGGUGCUGGUGGCAGCGUCUUUGGCCGGUCGCGGAUGAACAAGUCCGUCAUUGGCUCUGCGAGCCGCAUCGGCGCCCACGCCUCGGAGUUUUCCGACGUCGAGACUGCCAAUGCCAGCAACAAUGCGGCAAGUGGCGGCGCGGGUGCGAGCGGCCCUGGUUCGCUUGAUGACCGCUACACAAGAGAGAAGCAGGGCCGGCUUGCUGAAACUGUGCACCGCCUCAACGACAGCCGCAUCGAGUCUGCGCCGUUCCCCAUUCUUAGCGAGAUGGUUGCUGUCGAGACGAGCAUUGGCGGUGACCGCCAGGCCGCGCUCGUGAUCGAGGCAUUCCGCGCCCUGUCGCAGAUUGUCGGCGAGGACCCCGAGUCCGUCAACCAGCCACAUUUGACACGCGGAGCACCAGGGCCCCGUCCACGCACAUUCGCGCGGGCAUACUUGGAUCCUAACCCCAAUAGCGCCGGGGCCGUCUCCAUCCGCCAGCGCAUCCUCUCUGGCGCUAACCGGUUCCUCGAGACGAAGUUUUUCCAGGAAUUGGAGGGCCAGAUCGCCAAGUUCCCCCAGGAGGCGAGCCUGGGCGGCCGUCCCGAUGUGGUCAGCAAGAUUAAGGCGUACAUCCGUGUACGGGCGGCGCAGAAGAUGUUGGUCCCCGAUAACGUGGACUUGCAGCAGGUGCAGGGCGAGUAUGUGUGGGCGGUCAUCUUCUACCUCCUGCGGUCGGGCCACGUCACCGAGGCGGCGCAGUACGUCAACGACAACCAGACGCAAAUCCGUGGCAUCGACCGUGUGUUUGCCAGCUACAUCAACAGUUACGCGUCCAGUGAAGACCGCCGCCUCAAGCGCCCCAUGCAAGAGCGCUGCAACAGCGACUACAACCAGCGCGCGCGCAAUGCCCCCGAGGGCUCUGUCGACCCUUUCCGCAUGGCCUGCUACAAGGUCAUUGGCCGCUGCGACAUGGGCAACCGCAACCUCGACAAUCUGCAAACGGACGUCCACGACUGGAUCUGGCUGCAGUUCAACCUGGCGCGCGAGGGCGACCGCAUCUCCGAGCUGGCCAACGAGACGUACGGCCUUGCCGAGCUUCAGGAGACGAUCCGCGAGAUCGGCCAGAAGCACUUUGCCAAGAACGCACCCGGCGUGGCCGGCGGCCCGUAUGCCAUGUACUUUUACCUGCAGGUGCUCGCAGGCCUGUUCGAGCCGGCCAUUGCCUACCUCUACUCCUUCUCGUACAUCGACGCCGUGCACUUCGCCGUGGCCCUUGAGUACUACGGCCUGUUGCGUACGCCCGACGCCAGCCUCGCCGCCGCGAACGAGUUGCUGAGCCACAGCACCCGCGGCCAGCCGCAGAUCAACUUUGCGCGCAUGAUCGGCUACUACACGCGCGACUUCCGUGCCGCGAACGCGUCGGCGGCCGUGGACUACCUUAUCCUCAUCUGCCUGGGCGACGACGACGUGAACGACAAGGCGCCAGCAUCUUCGUCGUCGCAGCAGGUGGCCAAGUCCAAAGAGCAGUCCGCUGCUUCUGCGCUCUGCUACGAGGCCCUCCGCGAGCUGGUCCUCGAGACCCGCGAGUUCAGCAAGCUGAUCGGUGACAUCCGGCCCGACGGCACGCGCAUCCGUGGCCUGAUCGAGGAGCGCGGCACGCUCAUUGCGCUCGACCGUGAGCAGGACUUUGUCAAGGCCAUCACGCUGCAAGCGGCACGUGACGCCGACGACGGCGGCCGCACCACCGAUGCCGUGCUUCUGUACCAUCUGGCCGGCGACUACGACACUGUCGUUGUGAUUGUCAGCCGCGCGCUGAGCGAGGCUAUUGCCCUCGAGAUUGGCGAGGAGCCUAUGCGCCUGGUGCCGGUCAAGCCGCGGGUGGACAAGGACAAGUCGGCCAGCUCGACCACGGCCGCAAGCACUCCAGCAGCGUCCCAGCAGCCCGGCAGCAGCCUGAGCCUGGCGUCCAUCGAUGACCCCAUCGAGCUCGCCCGGACGAUGAUGACCAUGUACGAGCGCGACAACAUGUUCCGUCGCCGCAUCCGCGAGGAGACCCGCAUUGCCUGCGGUGUGCUUCUGCAGAUGAGCGAGAUCAAGGGCCUGGUUGAGGCCCGCAAAUGGCCGCAGUGCCUUGAUAAAAUUCGCGACCUGGGCAUUCUUCCCCUGCAGGCGGGCGGCGAUCCGGGCAUCAUCCGCAGCUUUGCCGCCCGCUUCUCGAGUCUGGCCCAGCCGGUGGCCAUCAACGUGCCCAACCUGCUCAUGUGGACGAUCCUGUGCUGCACGCAGCAGCGCGAGCGUCUGCUCGGUGGCCAGUUCAGCGGCAACGAGUCGGCGUCACGGCGUCUGGCCGACGAUCUCAAGCAGAUCUGCGUCGACCUCACAGCCUACACCAGCCAGCUGCGGUACCGCUUCCCGCCGUACCUGCACGAGGCUCUGGCCCGAGCGUCUGCUGACUAG